AUGGUGGCCUUCCGUAGUGCGUCAGAAGCAUCCCUGGCUUGUUUGUGGGCUUCAAUUCCAAGGGUUUAUUGUGAUGUUGUGAGAAGUCCUACUUCUCCUUUAGAUGCGAGAACCUCAUUCUGGACGCAGAGGUCGGACUUUGAUGGUCUCCAAAGCCAGACAAAGAGCUGGUCUUCUAAGGGCAUAGGCCUUGGAAUUGUGGACUCAUUGAGUGAUGUAAGGACCCAUCAGCCUCCAAAUUCUCUAGGGAACGCAGAGAGCAAGAGCAUCCUUUUCGGGCCACAACUGAGGAUCAGUGUUCCUCAAUGUAACGGAAACCAAAAUGAUUGUUUGGAGAAGACAGUGGAACAGGAUGUGACCCUAUCUGAGAUGUACAAAAGGGGAAGUCGUAUCGAUCAUGUUCAUCUGAAUCGAUCAAUGCCAGUGCUGAGUUCUUUGUUAAGGCUUUCAGAAAAUGGCUUGCACCCUUUUUAUUCGGGAUUCGCCUCGCCUCAGCCAAAUGUGGGAGAUCGCCAUCUUGAUGCUAGUUCUAAUUGUAGUCUUAGUGCCAGUUUUUCUCCUGGGGAGAUUGAGCUUUCUGAAGAUUACACUUGCGUUAUCACUCAUGGGCCAAAUCCGAAGACAAAACAUGUCUAUGGAGAUUUUAUCUUGGAGGAAGACCAUUCGCUUGAUAUCCCUGUUACUAAUAAGCCAGAAGAGUCAGGAGGAGGAGUGGCACAAACAGGCUGCAACUCUUUUGGGAUGGGUGAUUUUCUAAGCACCUGUUAUACCUGCAAAAAGAAAUUGGUUAAUGGGGAGGACAUCUAUAUGUACAGUUAUGUGAAGUUACUGACUGUUUAUAUAGUUGCUUCUGUGCUUCAUACUGCAGAUUCCAUUACUGGAUUUGUUUAUUUGCUAUAUGUAACGAAGCGAGCAGGCAUUUUGCAGCCCUGA